AUGCGUGCAGCGGCCGAAGAUCUCUGCGGACCAGAUGCAGAGAAGCUAUACUCGAGUGAUACGCGCGACUUGCUGGCUUUCUUCGUGACGUUGAGGAGGCUGCUCCGAGAGUGCGGUGUUCACGACUUUACAUUCGCAGACCUUUACAAGCCGAACCACGCCCGCCUCGUCAAGAUUUUUUCGUAUAUGAUCAACUUUAUAAGAUUUCGCGAAUCCCAGACGGAGGUCAUCGACGAGCACUUCAACAAGUCGCAGCGUACGAAGCUGCGCAUCGAGCAACUCUACGAUGAGAAGGAAACAAAAGAGAUCCAGCUCGCGGAUCUGGAGCGGAACCGCAUCGCAACUCAGAGGCUGUUGCAAGAGAAAGAGAAGCGCUACAAUGAUCUAAAAAUGAGGCUCCGUGAGCUAGGCAAAGAACAAGAGGUGGUACAAGAGAAGGUAGCCCGCGCGAAGGAGCAACAACACAGUCUCAAGGCAAUCCUGCAAAAAAAAUACGAGGACAAAGAGAACAUCACUCGCGAGGUGUCGAAACUGAAGCCGUACACCGAGCAGAGCCCUACAGCACUCGAGGACGCUUUGCGUGAUUUGAACGAUCGUUUGCUUAACGACAAAUCGCAAAUCGAAUCGCUCGACCGCCGCGCACGCGCACUGCAAACCUCGAGUGAAGCAUUCGGAGUGGUAGCCGCUGAUGUCACAUCUUGCACGCGCUUGCUCACCGACGUCCAAGCCGACCUCGCUAAGGAAGAGGAAGAGCUUGCGAAAGCGUCGCGACAUGCGGAUGCGUUGACGGAUAGAAGUAACAACGUACGAGACAUCGAACGUCAAGAACGACUUCUACAGAAACAGCUCGGCAACGUUAAUGCGCGAAUGGAUAAGAUCAAGAAGAAAGCGGAUGACGAGGCUGAGGCAGCGCGCAAGAGGAUGGAGGAAUUGCACGAUACGCACACGCAGUUGACUAAGGAGCGCGGCGAAAAGGGUCGUGAUAUGGAGGAGAGGCGGGUCAAGAUUGAGCAGACUGAGAAGAAGAUGGCGCAACUCAAGGACAGCAUCGAGGCUGAGGUACACGCUGCCCAUGACGAGUACAUUAAGAUGGAAAGUCACAUCAAGCUGUAUAUCACGGAGAUGGAGCAGAGCAUCUAG